CGUGCAGACAGGACUUUUAUUUUGGUGUGGGGGUGUGACGUCAAAAAACUGCGUCGCACUCCUGCUGCAUCUGAUGUGAUUCGACUGAAGAAAGGACAAACACACAGAAAAACUCCUGGUGAAGCGACUGAGAUCCAUGUGACACACCAUUAUAAAGAUGGAGUUUAUUAAAGAGGAUAAUGUAGAUGUGAAGAUUGAAGAAACAUUCAGUGUGAAACAAGAAGAAACUGAGGAAAAAACAGACCUGAUGGUGCUGAAAGAGGAGGAUCAAGAUCUGAAUGACAUGAAAGAGAAAGAUCUGAAUGAGAAACAGCAUGAUUUCAAAACUGAAGAAAAAUAUUUUAAUUCCUCACUGACUGAAAAGACUUCCUCACAAAAAAGAGCUCAAAAUACAGAAACUAGCAGUGAUUUCAUCUGCAAACAGUGUGGAAAGAGUUUCUGUCAGCAUAAAUACUUUGAAGUCCACAUGGGAGUUCACAGGGGAAAGAAGCCUUACACCUGCCAAGAGUGUGGAAAGAGUUACAGACAAAAAGGACACCUUACAGACCACAUGAGAGUUCACACUGGAGAGAAACCCUACACAUGCCCUCAGUGUGGAAAGAGUUUCCGUUACAAAGGACAAUUUAAAGCCCACAUAAGAAUUCACACUGGAGAGAAACCCUACAUAUGCCAUCAUUGUGGAAAGAGUUUCAACCAACCAGCAAGUCUUAACAUGCACAUGAGAAUUCACACUGGAGAUAAUCGGUACCUAUGCGAUCGAUGUGGAAAGAGUUUUAGAUAUAAAGAAACCCUAAAGUACCACAUGGGCCUUCACUUAUGAGAGAAUCAUUUUUUGUCAUGAGUUUAAGAAGAACCUUGGGUUCAUGUAAAAACUUUUACGGGAGAGAAGCCUUUCAUGUGCCAUCAAUGAAAAAUAACAGAAACAAAGUAAACCUCAAGGUUCACAGAAGAGUUUUUGUUAUAGAGAGGUCUUGUACCAGCCCUGAAAGCCCUGAUUUACUCACUGCAAAGUUCUUUUCCAGUCUUCGCUUAGUGGCAGCAGACUUAAGUGAACAUCUCGAGUGGCUUUUAUAUGAAUGUUUAAAUAUGUGCUGUGCAUUUUUCUUUCAGUAACAAAAUAAAUGUGGUGGGGAAACGUGAAGUGGUGAACACUUCAGAAUAUAGUGAUGUGGAUAUGUUUGUACCAGAUCUGCAGUUCAGCUCCCCAGUCACGUCACAUACACAAUUAUACAGAUUGCUUUAAAUCAAGCAGCUUUACAGUAUUAAACAUGAAAAAACACGAUUUCAAAAAUCACUUAUGUAUUGACUGUGGGGAAAAACAAUUAAAUUUUGCUCAGUGUUAUUAAAAAAUACAGAUAUAUUUUUGUGAUGUCAUUACUUACAGAAAUACUCAUUUUUACAUGUGAACUGCAAGCUUAGUACUUACAAAAAAUAUAAAAUAAAUGCAAUGGAACAUGUAAAGUUUUUCAUAUUAAGUUUUCCUAUUUAUUAAUAAAAUAAAAAUUAAUUCCAGAUAAUAAAAAGUCCUAAGAACUGUUUUAUAUGUAUAAAUGUCACCAAUAAAUCCAAAGUAUGGUUUGAAAAAAGAUAUUAAACCUAUUAAUAAUAUUAUUAGAGAUAAAUAAAUAAUUAAUAUUAUUAGCAAUGCACCAGAACUAUGCUGAUACAGAUACUUUUCAUAUUUGGUACCCGUUGAAACUAUAAUAUAUUUGAAAAUUACAAACGCAAUGAAAAUACAGGUAGAGAAACCAAAAGAAUAUGAAUCAUAUUCAUUGGUUUAAUUUGUUUAGCUAGCAAAUAUGUAUUUCCUUCAGUUAUUUUCAUACUUAAUUA